AAUUACAAUCCAACAACCUGAAAUAUUUGCACUGGGUUUUACCCGGUAUAUUCACUUGUGUGAACAAGUUUACCUGUAUCACAAUAUAAACAAUUUUUGGCCGGGGGCACAACCAGUCAAAAUCACAACUGAUGAGUUUGUCUUAAGUGACUGACACAGACACAAUCAAUAACUCGGGGAGAGUAGCUCUAUCACCAUGACAUCAGACACAAAACAUCGCACAUUCAGGGAUGAUAUAACACUAGUAACAAUGUAUCUAAACCUUGGCUGCUUUCAAAAAGGGAAAGAAAAGGGAAAAUAUGUGCCUAAACUGAGUAAAAAAUUAUAUGACUCAUGGAUGCCAGUAUUCGGAAAAAUUGCCAACCCGACUGUAAUGUACUGCGAGACAGAUGAACUAGAACAUGAAUUUAAAGAUUAUCGCAAAUCCAUGCUUUCGACAGCUACAAAAGUAAUACAAUCUGACAGGUCAAAAUUAUGGUCUUUUACUAAACAACCAGCGGUGGAGAAAAUUUAUGGUAAUCCAGAUUAUCCACAUUUUCAUCCGAACACAAUUGCUGAAUACACUUGUUGCAUGCAUGCAAAAUAUGACGUGCUUGAAGAUGCAAUCGAAAAUAAUUUUUUCAAUACAAAAUACUACGCAUGGUUGGAUGUUGGAUACUUUAGGGACCUAGCUACAAAUCCCGAGAAACUUGCAAAAAGAAAGAAUUUCAAGUUGAUGGUCCCUGCUGAUUUUGACCCAACAAAAGUGGCAUAUUGUGUUGUUUGGCCGGAGGAAGCCAAGUCUCCAUUUAUUACAACAGAGAAAGUGUUCAAGGAAAAUCGCACAUGGAUAGGGGGUGGUUAUUUCUUGGCAACAGGCCCGGUUAUGCUUGAGUGGAUAAAAGAAUACCGCCGAUAUGUUCAGAAAUUCUUGGAAAUGGGCCUGUCUAACAGCGACCAACAGAUCCUCUUUGCCAUGUUACACACUGAAGAUGAGAAACCUAAAGUUCCUGUUCAGUUGUACACACUAGAGAACCCCGGGAAAGAAACAGAUAAAGGAGGUACCACAAGAGGGCGGUCGAACCCAUGGUUCUACCUGGGGUACCUUUGUAAAGCAACAUGGGAGAAAAAGAUGGGAAUUGAAACUCCAAAGGAAGAAGCUUGUAAUGUGAUGUAACACUUUGAGCAAUACUUCAGAGCAUAAUAAAUUACCUCGUGAACAUUUUGGUAAACGCCAACUCUCUGGGUUUUAUGACAAAACAAGGAGUAUGUGUGAAACAUCAACAAGCCUUCAUUGUUACACUUAUAAAUCUAUCCUUUAUAGAACACAAAAGUUUAAGUUUCAAAAACGAUUUAUCGAUACAGGACCAGUUUGGAAAAUGGCAUCAAAUAUUUAAAUAGUACACUUUACCACGAAUUCGAUGCCAUCGAAAAUGUACUUCAUUAUUAUUAUAUACCAUUAUACAGUUUAAUGAAUAUCUUUAAUUUCAUCAUGUCCAUACACAAAACAGCAUUAUCAUAUUGAAUGCUUUCAAUUCUGUCACAUAAGAUUUAUGUCACAGCUUAUUUUAUAACUUAAAACAUAACACAUUGACAAAUAAAGCACUCCAUAUGCAUGGCAAUGCCUAUUUUAUUCAUAAA